AUGAGGACGCACCUCAUCGUGUUGUUUUGGGUACAGCUGAGUUCGCCACAACCGCUCUAUCAACUGGCAAAUGUUAGUUUCGCAACAGAAAAGUCUGCUGUAAGCUCGGGGCGACAUGACAGUGAACCAAAGAUCAUUUUAAGGAAAGGAGUUGCAAACAACGUCACCGCACUGUUGAAUCAAGUACUAAAGGGUUACGACCGCCACUUACGACCAGAAUUCAACCUGAAACCCACUAUAGUGUUCAUCGACAUCUUCGUACGCACCAUGGGUCCAAUCUCUGAUCUAACCAAGACCUAUUCGUUCAACUGCUAUUUUCGACAAACAUGGACAGACUCGCGACUGAUGUUCAAUGGAACUAGUAAUCAACAGUUAUCAUUAAGCAUGGCAAUGCUUGAUAAAAUAUGGAAACCAGAUACGUAUUUUUGGAACGGUGCGCGAUCGUACACGCAUUCGAUGACGACUAGUAAUCGACUUGUCAGGUUAUAUCCGGACGGCACUGUCCUAUAUAGCAGCAGACUUACUAUCAAAGGAAAGUGUGCAAUGUCGUUAGGACGCUAUCCUUUGGACCGACAGGUGCGAUACAUUUCUUUUAAUACAGAACGAGCUUGCCGACUAGUAAUUGGAUCAUAUGCAUUUAGCGCAGAUGAGUUAUUGUACGAAUGGAAGAUAAUGGGAACGGAUAGAGGAGUGCAGAUGGACUACGAAGGUAUUUCCGACUUACCACAAUUUUCGAUGACUGGGUUUAAAGUUUUCAACUCGACGAAUUUGACUAGAGACCGCAACUAUUCUGCUCUGGAGGUUUGGUUUUUUUUUGACCGCCAUUUCGGAUAUUUCCUGAUGAAUUUUUAUGUCCCAUGCACUCUGAUAGUGCUUCUUUGUUGGGUUGCGUUCUGGACGAACCGCGAGGCCACAGGCGACCGUAUUGGCAUGGGAAUCACAUCGGUUCUCACACUCGUGUUGAUUACCAAUGACAGCAAAUCGGACGCACCAAAGGUGAACAUCCCGACAGCGUUAGACGUUUAUAUAUGGAUCUGCUAUGCGACACUCUUGGUGUGCAUGAUGGAAUUCACCAUAGUGCAUUACUAUACAAAAUUCAACACAGGCGAUCCAGAAAUUCAGGCUCUGGAGAGGGAAAAAAUGAGACAAAUUAUAAAAAGAAUUCCGAAAACUGCAGUAUUAAGGUACCUAUCUAAAUCCACCUACUUCCUAGAACUUAGUGAGGCCCGUGCAACAGAUCCGUUCGGUUUGGCAGAGAACUCGAUCAGCAGCGUCGAUCGGGUGGCGCGGAUUGCUCUUCCCAUUUACUUUGUUGCUGUUGUGAUCGUGUAUUAUAAUUUUUAUGUGAAUACCCCUUACCAUUUCAGUUUUGAUAACGAUUAA